ACAACUAGUCUUAGCAGCAGCAAGCAUGGAUGACAUCGAGCAAUGGCCAGAAAUAGAGAAAGUAGCGUUAGAGAAGAGACGUGAACUGGUUUUCCAGGGUGCAGCUUUCGAUGAAAGGAUUGCCUCAAACGGGGGGCUCUGCUCGGCUAUCUACACCCUCAAACUGCUGAACUAUCUGGAAGUUAGCCAGUGCCCGAGUUUGACAGAGAUCCACGAGGACAUCCAACAUCUGACCAGCCUGCAGAGCCUCAUCUUGUGCAGGAACAAGCUCGCCUCCUUCCCGAGUGUGGUCGGUCAGCUCAAGUCCCUGAAGGUCCUGGAUAUUUCAGCCAACAACCUGACUGUUUUACCCGAGGGGAUCACCCAGUUGAAGGAGCUCAACACCCUCAAUGUGAGCUGCAACAGCCUGGAGGUCCUGCCAGAGGGACUGAGCAAGUGCACCAGGCUCUCCACCAUCAACAUCUCCAAGAACAAGAUCACUGCUUUCCCUGCUGAUUUCUACUCCGAGAAAUUGGACCUCCUCAGCAUGCUGGUCGCCUAUGACAACUCCAUUGAACAGCUGAGUGGAGAUGUUCACAAGCUAGCUGCUCUAAAGAUGCUGGACCUCUCUAACAACAAGCUAAAGGAGAUCCCGCCCGAAUUGAGUGACUGUGCCAAGCUUAAGGAGAUCAACUUCAAAGGCAACAAGUUGAGUGACAAACGUCUGGAGAAGAUGGUCAACGGCUGCCAGACCAAGUCCAUUCUGGAGUACCUCAGAGGAAAAGGAAAGGGAAGACAGGGAGAGGAAGGAGCUGACGCGGAAGGGGGUCGCAAGGCGGACAAAGGUAAACGCCAGCAGAGGAAGAAGAAGGAUAAGGGGGCAGAGGAUGAGGUGGAGGAACUGAACAAGAUGGUGGUGAAGGUUCUCCACGUUUCGGACACUCCUGAAGCACUCACGGUGACAGUGAGUUCAGAGGUGAAAGAUGUCCGACCGUACUUGGUGUGCUGCAUUGUCAGGGGCAUGAACCUCAAAUCUGGGAACGCUCUUAAACGAUUCCUCGUUGCUCAGACAAAGCUUCAUGAUGACUUAUGUGGUAAAAGGACCAUCGCGACCAUUGCAACUCAUGAUGUGCAGCUUAUUAAAGCUCCUCUGGUGUAUGAUGUCAAACCACCUACACAGCUGAAGGUUGUUUCGCUGGGUCGGAAGGAAAUGACUGCUGUCGAGCUGAUAAGACAGCUUCAGCUGGAGGCUGACGAGCUGAGGAAGCAGAAGAAGAGGCAGAACGUCACCGGCCUGCACAAAUACCUUCAGCUUCUGAAGGGAAAAGAAAUGUAUCCCUGCCUUGUGGAUGCAGAAGGACAUGUGAUCUCUUUCCCACCUAUAACUAACAGUGAGAAAACCAAGAUCAAGAAGACAACCAAGGAGUUGUUCUUGGAGGUGACAAGUGCAGCCAGCCUGCAGACCUGUAAAGAUGUUAUGGAUGCUCUGAUUGUGAAAAUGGCGGAGUUGAACAAGUUCACGGCGGAGCAUCAGGAGGAGGCUGGUUCAGACGGGGAAGGGGACGGCCCACAAGAGCCGGAAGGCAGCAGCGAGACCUCCAGUGAACUGAUCGUCCAGCAGGUCCGCACGUUGGACCAGGACGGGAGCCUCAAGGUCGUCUACCCGUCCAAAACUGACCUCUGCAGCGCCAUCAGCAACCUGACUGUCGUUUGGUAGUCGUUGCUGUGGAUAACCUCUGAUGUUUACACUCAUUCACAUGCUGCAUGAAGUCAUAUUAACAGGUGAACAUUGUGGGACAUUAAGGCUAAGGUUUGACAACAUGUAACAACAUUACAUCCUUUUUACUUCAGGGAGCACAGAAAUCUGAUCCAUGAUUGACGUGUUGCCUGUUGACGAAUGUUUUUGAUUUAAGCACAGCUUUUUGAACCACAUAGUUAUGUUAAUAAAUCAUUUUUGCUGCUUUCACAAAAGCAUGAUAUGUCAACAUUUGUGCAAAUAUCCAGGUUUUUGUAUUAUUUACAAAAUGAAGGAACGUUGUCUGUUGGUAAAAAUAUUUUUGUUCAAUUAACAUUGACUUUAACUUGGACUGGUGACUUGUGAGACCAUUUGUUCACCUUGCAGUAAAUAUUGGCAUUUUCCCUUUAAGCAGCAGCAAAGAAUGUCUGACUUAGACUUAAUAAAAUAUACUCCUUC